AUGGCUAUCAUAUCAGGGAAGUGGCUAUUUGUAGUUUCAGUUUUAGUAGUUAGCUCAUUCUUAGAGCUCACUAAUGGAGAUCAACUCACUGAUGAAUAUUCAUCUCAUGAAUCUUUAAGAUUUAGGAUUCCACAUCGACAUCGACAUGGACAUCGUCAUCGUCAUCCCCCUAGUCCUCGGCCUAAGAGGCCACCACCUACUCCGCCAACUGAGGAGCCACCAGUUGAGGAGCCACCAAUGAUUCCGCCACCAGCGCUUCCACCGUCAGUUGAGGACCAACCAAUGCCUUCGCCACCAGCGCUUCCACCAUGUCGCUGUGACGCACCGUCUCCAUCACCAUCACUAGUUGAUGAUCAGCCUUGA